AUGACUUUUAAUGCAUCUUUUCCUGCGCAUUUGUCAUCAUCUGUCUCAUCUGUCCCACUUCUCACGGGAAUCAACUUAUCAGAAUGGAAAGAAAAAGUUGAAUUCACCUUGGGAGUACUUGAUCUGGAUUUGGCUCUUCAAAUUGAAGAGCCAGCUCCUCUUACAGAAACAAGUAAUGAUGAACAAAAAGCUCUCCAUAAAGCUUGGGAGAAGUCUAACAGAUUGAGCCUUAUGUUUUUACGUAUGACAAUUGCUAGCAACAUCAAAACUUCCCUACCUAAACCGGUAAAUGCUAAGGAUUAUUUACAAGUAAUAGAAGAUCGGUUUAAGACUGCAGACAAACCCCUUGCGGGGAAACUUAUGGCAGAUCUUACAACCAUGAAGUUUGAUGGCACACUCUCAAUGCAUGAUCAUGUCAUUGAGAUGACAAACCUUGCGGCAAAGCUAAAGAAUUUAGGAAUGAUGGUGGACGAUUCUUUUCUCGUUCAGUUUAUCCUAAAUUCUUUGCCUUCUCAGUAUGGACCUUUCCAAAUUCAUUACAACGCCAUUAAGGAUAAAUGGACGGUGAAUGAGUUGGCUAAUAAAUUGGUUCAAGAAGAGGGCAGGCUAAACCAACAAGGCAUAACUCAAGCCAUAAAAGAGCACCACCCAAAAUGA